ACUGUUUCAGAGUCUCUUCAUUCUGAUGAAGACGUCGAUCCCUCAUCUUUAAACAACUCGACAACCCGCAUGGAUGGUGCAAAGGAGGAAAAAGUCGAGGAUUCAUGCGAAGCUUGUGAAGCCACUCAGCAAACAACAAUAAGAGAGGCAGCUAUUUGGGAGGCUGACUGUAUGUUGAAGCGAGCCAGAGAUUCCGAAUCCGACAGACGAUUCCAGAAGUUUUCAGACCAUCCGCAUUUGGGUUUCUUCAAAGCUCCAGUUCACGAAGCAGUUGAAGCCAAUCAGCUUCUCAUACUAAGAGCGUUUAUACGAAAUGAUGUGAGUUGUAUCUAG